GGAAGCCGCUCUCUCCCCACCCGUCUCUAUGGUGCCGCGCUGGGAGGCACGUCACACGCGCUCUCUCUGCAAGGCCCGGAUGAGGAAGUGAGGCGGCUCUGUGGGCCGCGCUGGUGCGUCUUCUCGGGAGCCGCCCCCUGCCCUGGUUCGAGCCGCCGCCAGGACCAGGAGAGAAAAUGUCAUCUAUCCUGUUGACUUGGAGUAGCUGAGUAGAACCGGGAUUCAAAAUGAGAACCAACAAGGUCUGCAAACUCUUCACACAUAAGGGCUUUGAGGGCAGUGGCUCGGGUUAAUAUUCAGAGAACCUGGCUGAACAUUUUGGUUUGCUGACUGAGGAGGAAUCCUACUGGUGAAGUUAGAAAGGCACAGUCUUCAGCUGCCUGAUGCUAUCAUCUGGAGUGGAGUCCCAAGAGAGAAGCCACUCUCAUCCCCUUGAUUCCUCCAUGUCUGCUGUGGUACAAGAAUUGUACACUGGACUGCCAGUCAGCAUCUCUACUGAGCUUACCACUGGGUCUGAUCCUAAUGUUAGACUAGAUACAAAAGCUGAAGCAUCAACACUUGUGCUAGCACAUAGCAGCAGUUUGCUAUCUGAGUCCCCCAGGAUUAGUGGGGUGGAAAAUUGCUCCCAGGAAACUGAUAACCUGGAUCAUGGGGACAAGCUUACAUCUGAUAGGCUGGCGGGAUCCCUUUCUGAAGAGUCUAUGGAGGCUGGAAACCUUGCUGAGAAUGAAGAGGCCAAAAGUGGAAGAUUUGGGAAGCAGGACACUUGUGCUAAUGGGAGCCAGAAGGAAGAGAGACGAUCUAUGAAAGAAACACAAGAUGCAGAGGAAGAGCUUGUUGGAUGUUGUUCUUUAGCCUCUGAAGAAAAGUGGUGGUUGAGACAGGAGAAGCCUCAGAUAAACCGAAGUGGGGGAGAAUUUUCAAGACACUGCUGCACUGAAAUGGCAAGCCCUCUGAAGAGUAAAGAAGAAAACCAAACAAAUGUACAGGAGGUACCUGAAAUUCUGCCAAAGCUCACUGAAGAAGUACAAGGUAUGAAGGCUGAUGGGACUAGGAUAUUUAGUAAAGCAGGACACAGGAAUGACAGAGUGAGUAAAGGUCUUCCACCUGAGAACAAUGAAUGCCCAGAUAUAGCCACAUUCACGGCCAGUGGUGAGUUUUCAGAAACCAACACCUUAGUUCCCUUAGAGCCUUUAACAGUUGUGGAGACUGGAUCAACAAAAGAAGAUCCACAAGAAGAAAAAGAAUAUAAAGGGUUAACAGCCUGUACUGCAGUGUCAUUGACCACAAUGGGUUGUGCUAUUUUUGAGUCAGAAACUGGAGAAAUAGAGUUGUCUAGGUCAAGCCAUGUUAAUAAAACUAAUGCAGCACCUGCCAGUUACCAGACUUACCAGCAAGAUGAAGAAAACAGCCCUCAUAACAGGGCUGUUCCUGUAUCUAAGAGUAGUGUUGAAGUUGAUAUUUUUCUCUCAAAAGGAAGCUCUGAAGCAUUAUGUGGUUCAUUAAGAAGUUUGUGUAGUCUGGAAUCUGGAAAUAUACCACUGGAAGACAACACCACUGAGAUCUGUGAAAAACAGGAGUAUCUUGCUGAAGAGAGAGAGAGCCCAAGCUGUGAUGGUGAUAGUCAAAGAACUGAGUUUCUAGAGAACUGGAUCGCCAAACCUGUGAUGGAAGAACAGCUCUCUCCAGUGCAGAGUGAAGAAAUGUCCAGUGAUGAGGCUGAACAAUUGGAAACGGAUAGUUGCUCUGACCAUUCAUACAACUAUGGUUAUGGGAAAGUUGCUGAAAUCCAGAGAGAAACUGCUAUGAAGAGCAGUUGUGGCAUGGAUAGUGGGCAUGAUAUUCAAGAAAAUGUUAAUUCACAGAGCUCUAAUUCGCUAGUUCCUAGUUCUGUUGCUUCAUCCACUGAGGAGUUUCCAAAAGAAGAUUUAAGAAUCCCUUCAGAAAUUAAUAACUUGAAAAAGGAUGAGGACCAGAGGCAAAUAUGUAUUGAUGAUGUAUUCUGUGCUGAUGUAGUAAAACAGCAUACAAAAGAAAAUGGAACUUUGUUGGUGGAAACAAAAAAUGUUGUCAGUAUUCAGACUGGAAACCUGCAUACAUGUUCUAAAAAUAGCUACAAUAAAUAUGUAAAUUCUCCUCCCACUGUUCAUGAUUUUCUGGACUAUGGCUCCAAGGUAGGUGAAGUUUCCCUUGAGGCACAAUUAUUUGAAAAGGAAACCAACAGCAGUUCAGUGGUAGAAGAUCUGAACAACAGUUUUGGUAAAGCUCCAGAAGCAAAUAGUGUUAAUGUCAGCCUUCCUACAUGCAAAGGAACUAACUUUGCUUACACACUAAGUGAAGCUCUUAGUCGUGAUGCAGAAAACUCAAGAGUCUCUCUUGGGGUUAUAAGUGAACUUUCUUCUUGUAAUGCUGAUGCAGUUUCAAACAGAGAUGUGUACCUGGACAGGCGGUCUAAAAAAGAAUUGAUCAUUUCUUCAGCAAAACUGGAAGCACAACAUGCGGGCCUUCUGCAUCAUAAAAAGGAAGAAUUAUCUUUACUAAAUCACAGGAGUUUCAGUACUUCUAAUGUAGCAAGUAAAGGUUCCCAGAAGAGCAUGCACUCUGCAUGGGGGGAUACAGAGAAGAUGGUCACUGAUAUGGAAAAUGAAGAAAGUGACAUAGGUAUUCAUAAUGGCAAGUGUUUAAAAGACCGCUGUUCAGCUGUCAAGACCUGCAUCAUCUUAUCAGAUAGUGCCAGCUUGGAUAAUGCUACACUGAACAAGGAUUCCUUUAAAGCGCAGGCUAAAUUGAAGACUGAAGAAGUCAAUGGCUUGGAAACAGGAGACUUACUUAUACAUAAUGAUAAAAAGGCAAUCAGCCCUCCUGAGGAGAACACUCACGUAGCAUGUGAAUCUGUUCCUUGUGAAGAUAGUUGUCAUUGCAGCAAUAUGUUUCAGUAUAUGACUAAUCGUACUUCCACAGCAGAAAAGCUAUUGUGUUCAGCUUGCACUCCAGAUAAGUCCACUACUAGAUUAUCAAAAGUGGAGAAUUCAGAUACAAAUAUCGAAGUAGAAAGCUCAAAACUCUAUGAUGGCCAUAGUGAAAUAACAGAGGAAAGGUUAGAUUCUGGCACCAGAGAGAGAACUUCUGAUACAGGUAAGGGACAAGAACAAAUUAACUCUUGUGAAUUACAGAAAGAUGAAAUUGAUAGAAUAGAAACUGUGGAUAGUGUAAAGGCACAUAAAGGCAGUCACCAAAAUGAGACUAGUGAACAGUCAGUCAACAGAGAUUUGAAAAAAAACAUAUUUGGUAUCCAUCUUGAACUUGGCAACACAACAGUAGUCCUGGGAGAAGGAGAACUAGAGAUGUGCAAGAAGACUGUGUUACCUUGUGAAUACAAUCUUUCCAAAGGCACUACUUCAAAGAGUGACACAGACUCCGGCAUCCCAAGUCAUGAAAAACAUUUGGCCCAAUCCUUUGACUUAGAAUUGUCAGAUUUUAAACAUUCAAAGCAACCAAAUAAGACUAUUUGUCAGGUGGAAAAUCAAUAUCUUGCAUGUCAAAGUGAGCUUAAUGGGCCAGUUUCAUACAAGCAAAAUGAAAUCCGAGUAGCCGAUGAAGUUCUGGAGUUCCAGCAGUAUGACAUCGCAAAUAAGCAAAUAUCGAACACUGGUGUACAAACUAUGACGAGUUCAGUGGAUGAACCUAAAAGAUCUAUCCGCUUCAAGGAAAAUGAACCAUUAACUCUAAAGAAAGAUGAAGGCACAACUCCAUUGGUUGAUGAGUCUUUAAGAGAGAAGAGUUUUCAAGGAACUUUCAGAGACGUAAUGGUGGAUAACUCUUCCAAUAGUAUGGUAGAUACAGACUGUUCAGAAUACACAGAUUCCAUCAGUAAUCUAUCGGAAGGGGAAAAAGUAGAAUUAAAAGAAUCUGAUAAUGUAGGUAGCGGUACAAGGGAAGAUCAAGGAACUUUCAAAGGAAAUAUGGUGGGUUAUAGUUCUUCCAAAAGUUUGGUAAAUGCGGACCAUUCAGAAUACACAGACUCUACCAGUAGUGCAAAGGAAGAUAAAAAAGAACGUACAAUAUUGACAGAAAAUACCAAAAUUUCUGCAUUAUUGAACACGGGCAGCUUGGUUAUGAGCCUGGAAAAUAAAAUUAAGACCAUUGUUGAAUCCUUUUCUGUCUCACAGUCAGCCUUCAAGAGUCUUUCAUGUGCACCAGAAGAUAUGACUCUCGUUCCAGAGAUCACAAAUGAAACAUGCUUACUGUUGGAUUCUUCAGUAAAUCAUAGAAUCAUAGAAAGAAAUAAAGCUUGUCCUCAGCCAGAACUUGUGACUUUUACAGUUUCUGAUGGUCCAGAGAGAGUGAAUCCAGUGCAGCCUGAAGAGUUCUGUGGGAACCAAGAGCUUUCCAUUUUGAAAGGUGUAACUUCAAAAACACUUUUGGCUCAGAACUCAGAAAUCUGCCUGCCUCAAAAAGAUGAGCUGCCUGCAUUAUUGGAGAAUGCACAGAUAAAUCCUGGUCAACUAUCUUCAGCAAAUGCCCUCUGUAAUGACUAUUCUGCUCUUGAGCUGAUAGAGUCGUUUGAGAGAAGAGCUGAUGGCAACGACAGCGCAUCUGAAGAGAGAGAAAAAGCAAUUAGCUCCUUAAACGAUGCAGUUCAACUAGAAGCGUGUACGGCUUCUCAUGCUCACAGCAAGGGGAGGUCUGUAAGUGCAGGGGUUAGUGAGCCAAUUGUAAAAGAGAUGGAUGUAAUUUCAUCAGACAGUAUUGAUUGUGUACAGAAGUUUAAAAGACCAUCUGUAGAAGACCAGAGACAAAGUGCCGUAACUGCAGAAAAAAUAAAGAUGCCAAUGCAUUCCAUUUUUGACCAUAAAAAUUAUUUAGGAGUUUUGCUAAAAGACUUGAAAUUUUCUGUUGACAAAGUUAGAAGCUGUGUGCCUCUGAAGGCUGAGCCUUUUGAAAAGCCUUCACAAGCCUACUCUACUGAACAGAUCCCAGAAUGGAGUUUGAAUAGCAUUUCAGAUAAAGGAAAAACUUAUGUUAAAGAUCACUCAGAAUUAGGAGAUGUCAAGUUGCUUUCAGAAAUCGUAGACAAUUAUUUGCAAUCUAAAGACUUAGUUAACAAAGAGAGGUCAGAAGUCCAUUAUAAUGCAAUAUGUAACAAUAAGCUGUCAAACGAUUACACAGAAACACCUUUAAAAUGUCUCAAUUGCAGUGAAGUGUGUCUGCCAUAUGAAUUAAGUUCACAGAGCAAAGACAACAGGAAGGAGGUUAUAGGAGACAAAAUGAAGAUGCCAAAUGACUCAGUCAGUGCAGAAAAUGAGGUGUCUGAUGCAGAGAGAUUGGACAAAGUAGGUGAAUGUCAAACUCGUAAGCGAAAGAUGUCUGAGGAGACUGAAGUACAUCCAGCUCAAAACAUCCUGCUCUGUGAGGAGCAGGCACAGCAAAUAAAGGAGUCAAACAACCAAGAGAAAGCAAAAGUCCCAUUGCAGGAGAGUGUGGUGUUUGAUCGUGAGCCUUUAGAUAGUUCUUCAGAUGAACUGGUGACAUCUUCAAGAGUCAUGAAGACUGAAGGUCCUAGAGAGCAGCUCUUCGCUGUCAUGAGCAGUAUAAAUGAUAGUGACAAUAAACAAAUAUAUAGCACUUUACAAGAAGCCAAAAGGCCAAAGAUUUCCAAGAAUAAUAAUAAUGAUGAUGAUUCAGAGCAUAUGAAGACUAUGGACUCAGAAGGGGAAAGCCUGAGCUUUCAUUUAGGAACCUACAUUGAAUUGUCAGCAGAUAAUACCCCUUUCAUUCCUGUUUCUCUCUCUCAACCACAAACUAAAAGCUUUGCUGGGGAUGAUGAAAUCCAUGGCACCCUUGGAAAUGCACACAAACUAAGAGGACUUUUUUCAUUAAAGAAGCAGCCACGAAGGAAGGUUCCCGCAAUAGAUAUGCUCAAAACUGUAAGAAAAAGUAACAAAGUUAAAAGCUCAGCUUUUAAAAGGAAUUGGUCUGAAACUGUUCCUAUGCAAGAACACAAACUCCUCAGCUCUGUAUAUUUUGCCUGUAAACCUUCAGUAAUGGAAGCAGAAAUAGCCAUGAGACUGGACCACAUGUCAGAGCAGAGAGCCAAUAGGUUCAGUUUGUUGAACAGCUUGAAACUUAGUAAAUGUACCAAAGAACCAACACUGUUAAGCAGGCUGUCUACUAUGGCCAGUAAACUACUGGCCCCACCCAAAAGCAUCCACAGGUUAAAGACUCUGCAGUGUUCCUCUGAACAUCCAGUGGUUGAAAGAUUCAGCCAACUUAGAUCUAAAAAGCUACUGGAAAUUUUUUCAUGCAUUAACAUGAAGUUAAACUCUCACCAGGCUGAUGGCUUGUGCACCAAGAUGUUCAGCCUUCAGCCAUUGGCACUUUAUCCUGUAGACUCUACUAAAAUACACAUUUUAGACUUGAGUAGUAACAUUCCAUCAUCAGUCUUCAAUACCUCCAUUUCCCCAAUUUCUUUUCACAUAAAAUUGAACUCUGAUUCUUUGAUAAAUCUCAGGGGGAUUACAUCCCAACAGUAUGUACCUGAUAUACCAGCUUUAGAAAAGGCACCAUUACAUCCGUCACAGUCUUCAAAAUGGACCUUCUCUUUCCUCCUGUCCCAAAGCUGCUCAGGUACAGCAGCUUUCAGGGAAGACACUAAUCUCAGUAAGGAGCUACAGUCUUCUGCUCUAUCUCUAAUAACCACAGAGACCGUAAUCCCUAAUCAUGACAUUAGGAGAAUUCCCAUAGCUAAAAGAACAGGGUGCUCCAUGCUUGGCCUUCACACAGUGUUAGCACUUUCUUCCCCUGGAUGUUACAGGAUCUGGACAAGAAGAAGAAAUGUAACCAGUCGAAUUCCUACUGUCCAGAGACUGUUUAUGUCACAAUUCACACAGGGCUUGAAAGGGUUAAGGUCUCCAACUUCCGUAUCAGAUGACCUCUUCUCUUCAUUGCCCUACUCACUGGGCAGGGUACUUUCCAUAUGGAGCCAGCAUGGUCCUUCUGCCUGUCUCUCCGAAUUCACUCCUCUCCAUCCCAGUCACUGCAAGUGGCAGCCAAGUCUGAGCAUCGAGAACAGUUAUUCCAUGUUACCCCACAUGACUGUCCAGGGAACAGAAGCUGCAAGGACCACGGGUGCAGAGAGAAGGCUGGAACGUUCACUCUGUGAUUUGCUACCAAAGUCUUGCACUUUUCCGGAAUCAGCAAUAUCUCCACUCAGGCUUUCAAUACCUGAAUUACAGGUCCAUCCCUUUGAUGAACUCGAUGCUUCUCUCCCACUGUGUCCCACAUCUCAGAGUGCCACCAAACUGAAAAAAGCUGAGCCAGAGAAGAGGCCAAAGAGAGUUUCUCAGAUCCGGAUCCGGAAAACUGUUCCCAAGCCAGAUCCUAACCUCACCCCCAUGGGACUCCCCAGAGCAAAAAGGCUGAAGAAGAAAGAAUUUAGUUUAGAAGAAAUUUACACAAACAAGAACUACAAGUCCCCUCCAGCGACCAGGUGUCUGGAAACCAUCUUUGAGGAGCCCAAGGAGAAAAAUGGAUCCUUGAUCUCUAUCAGCCAGCAGAAGAGGAAGCGGAUUCUGGAGUUCCAGGACUUCACUAUUCCCCGGAAGAGGAAGGCACGUAGCAGAGUCAAAGUGACGGGUAGUUUCACCCGGGCAAAAAAGGCUGCACUACAGGGCAGAGAGCUAGAUGCCCUCCUGAUUCAGAAACUAAUGGACCUUGAAGCCUUUUUUGCAGAGGAGGAAGAACGGGAGCAAGCAUCUGGAAGCUGAUGGAAGCAUGGAAAUGGCUCAGUUCCUUUAAUGCUUUGAUCUGCUUGGGAGGGAUCUGCCUAUUUCUCCAGACCUUGCCAACCACUCAGUUCUAAUACCUGAUGAUCAUUUGUUGGCUGUCACCCUCUCUGAGGUGCUAGAGUGUGUGUGUACAUAUAUAUAUAUAUAUAUAUUUUAGUGAUGCAGGAGAGAGUCCUUUAAUUCCCCUGCAUGAGUGUAGCACAGCCAGGAGACAUGCUAUUCCUCCCCAACCUCUUUAGAAAUUGUGACUAGUAUUUAAACACCUCCUGCAGGUGGGAUAAGGAGAGUGAAGGAGGAAAUAGUAACACCUUCAAUGACACUAGGAUUCUAAAUACUCCUGAACUUUUGCGUAUUCAUGUGAGUCUGCUGUUUACUGCAGUGGCUUGUCGAGACAACUUGACAGAGGUAGGUGAGAUGAAUUCAGAGAGAUGAAUUUAGGGAGGUGGGUUCUUGAGAUACCACAAACUUCAAAAAUUAAAGAAAAAUAGUUUGUUUGCUUCUAAUUACUUCCAUGUCUGUGCCCAGAAGUUUUCUUCUGUGAUUCAGUUGCCCUUCCUGCACUCAGUCAGCAGCAGCCAUACAGGACCAGGUCUUAAAUAAGUUGCACUUUGUAUGUGUUUUUCCUUUAUUUGCUGCAUGAAAGACACCUUUUACUGUUACUUACCUUGUUUUUUUAAUCACACAUUAAGAAAAAUGGCGCUAAAUGCUAAGUUCUAACAAAUUGUAGAGUGGAUUUGUUAACCUGGUUUGCUGGUGCUUUGCCUUUGGAGGGAGGAGGAAACGUAGCAAGUAGCAGAAGGACAUUACUAAUGUUCAGUUAGUGGGACUAUGCUCAGAGACAUGGCACCAGGAACUUCAGUGUGAAAUUUAUACUCUUUUUAGCAGUUUUAAUUCUGACAAGAAUACUAAUUUGACCUAAAAAAGCCAAGCAGUUUUUUCUUCAUGUCAUCUUUCUACCAUUGCAACUUAGACUUCUAGUUUGGGAUAGAGCUUCACAUAGCUUACAUAAUUAGAGGUUCAGUAUACAGCAGUGCUGUACUUAAUGGCUAGUGUUGUACAAAGAGUUCACUCAAGCCUCCUAAUGUAUAGAAAGUGUGUGUUUUGUUUUGUUUUAAUACUUAAGGCCAUUUGUAAUUUGAAGUAGCACUGGGUAGUCUCUCGGCCAUACUUUUGAGGACCAGUGUUCCCCUCUGGGAUCCUUACUUGAAGCUGCAAUUCAGGUAAUUUCUGUUCUUCAGUGCCUCCAGGAGUUAUUCUGGCAAAGCUUAAUGGGAUGCUGUCAUUGCUGACAUUCUCAAAGUUUAACAAUUCCAUUGUUUCUUUGCCCUGCCACUUGCAACUUGCACUUUUUUACCUGUGUGCCCCUACAGCAACUUUCUAUUUACCUCCAAAAUCAGUGUGUAGUCAGACAUCUAGUGAAUGAGCUUUCUGACCCAGUCCAAACGUGGGUUGAGGAUACCCUGCUAUCUUUUUUGCUGCUCUGCCAGCUUUGUUGUUGACCUGACAGAGAACUUAAACUGACAAGCCAUCUGUUUAAAUUCAAGAACUUUGAACAGGCAGGAAAUGUUGGAUGAUUGUACUGUGUGACUUCAGUGAAUAAUAUCUGGGGUUUGUUUUGUUCCCAGCUUAUUUGCUGGGAUUCUUGCACUGUUUACACCCUUGUUUUGGGGGUUGAUCAUCUUUACCCAGUAAGCAAAACUGAAAUAGAAAUGCAAACUACUGCUUUGGCUGUUUUAUGCUGGUGGAGGCAAAAUUUGGGCCUAUUGAGAUACCAUUUUGGCUACCACUGUACAGGUCCAUUUGAUCCAUUGAGGCUACUAAAUGAUACCUUAGUCAGUCUUCCUCAUAUUAUGAAAGGGAUCCCUGAAAAUAACUAAUCACACUACUGUGGAUAUUGGCUUCUAAAAUUGUUUUUAAACUCCCCAUACAUUCAUGACAUCAGCACAGAUAUUGACUGACUGGAAGCUGAAGUAGGGGACUUCGCUUUCAUUUUAUGUACACAAUGUGGGAUUUCACGACACACUAUUACAAAACUGAAUUAAUACUGAUGUGGAAUUAAUGCUAAUGAGGGAUCUUCUGGCUUUAUGGUGGAGUUGGGAUGUAACCUCUGUGGGAGUUUGUGGGGUGGGUGGGUGGGUGGGGAGAAAACUCAGGUCCAAGCAGGGUUCUGCCUGCUUAGCGUGUGCUUUGAAACAUUUAGUUUGUUUUUACCUUUUUGUUCUUUGCUUCUUUCCCCUAGGCCUUGUUUGUCACUUUGAAAUAACAUUUCACAGAAAGCUCUUUUUGUUGCUACAGCAGAGAGAGGCACAAUGAAAAUAUUCAGCUCCAUUUCACUUACAAUCGCUGGAACUGUUCAGGUCUGUGAUUUCCCCAAUGUACCACAUUCCCCAGGAGUUUUGAAAACUCUAACACUUCAGCAUUAUCAUGAUCAAGAGUUUUUUUUAUAGCUGAGUAAUGAAGGUAUAAGCUAAUCUAAUUACCCCCCGCCCUCUUUCAGGUGGUCUAACUUUAAUCAUGCUUUUGUGCUUCUCCACAACUUUCUGUUCCUGUUUGCAGUGUUCCUGGAGCAGCAGCCUUGCUCUGACUUUUGGUUGUGGCUUAUACUGGGAGGAACAAUUGUGCAGUGAUUGGGUGUCUUAAACUCCAAUCUGAGCUGCUUCUGUCCCAUAUAGUCUUUUUAUGAGAGAAAUGUGGAGGAUGCAAACUUUUGGAUAUUGACAUGCCUCUCUAGUGUGAGGAAGUGUACGCUUGCCUUUUCCUAAGAUGGAGCCACCCAAGUGAGGAUUUUUUUUGUCAUAUGGAAAAGACCUUGUACAUAUGGCUCUGUGAAGUAUUGUAAAUACAUUUAAAAGGCGAAUUUGCAGAGCUGUCCCCAUAUACUCUGUCAGAUGCUCAGCUUGCACUGCUGGGCUCUUUCCUGAGAAACAUAGCUGGCUGGGGAUGGACGGGGUUUUUAUUUUACCGAAAUCAAAGCUUAAUGUUCUCAUCCAGCUGCAAACCAAGCCGCAAAAGGUAAUUGAUGCAUAUUGAGGGGGCUCUCAUGACCCUGUAUCCCCAGGAUUGUGUACACUUGAGGUCUGAUGCUUUCUGGAUGUGGUUUUUGGCAAGCCAUUCUCAUUUACCGUAUCCAUUUACCGUAUCCUAUUCAGAGUUGGGUUCUGUGGUGUGGUAGAUGUCCGUCACUCUGCUGGAGAGUGGAUGCUAACUACCUGAAUGAGAUGUAUGUCUGAUAUUAUCAUAUUAAUAAAUAGCUCAAUAGAAAUUUGUACUCUUUUUGUAACAUUGGCCUCUGUUAUGCCUCUGCAGAUUAGUUUCUGUUCAAUAGUUUGUGAAUCUAAAAUUCCACUGAUUUUUUUUUCUUUUGUGUGUGUGUUUUUAAUUUAUGGAAAUAAAUUUUUUUUGACAACCUU